UUCGGAGAUGCACAGUCACAUUUCCAAUGUAUCCUCUCAGUUUCAAAGACAUGCCCACCUCGGCUUCGUCCUUGUUUUCGGCCUAUGCCUCAUUGGCGGCAUUCAUCAUGUUGGUCCGCUCCAUAAUGGACCAACUCUUGCCUCAUGAGUUGCGCUCAUACAUUUUCUCGAUCUUCAACAAAUUCUUCUACACCCCUCGAUCUUUGGACAUGACAAUCAUUAUUGAUGAGAAGUGUGGCUACAUCAGCAAUCAAGUUUAUGAAGCAGCGGAAGUCUACAUCCGAACCAAGAUUAGUGAUUUGAAUGAGCGUCUCCGAGUGAGCAAAACACCAGGGCAGAAGACUCUGAACAUUGCCGUUGACAAAGACCAAGAAAUCAUCGAUUUCUUUGAUGGCAUUAAGCUUAGGUGGUGUUUUGUGUGCGCCGAAGACAAGAAAGGUGGUUCUGGUAAUAAUGAGAAGCAUCAGUUUGAGCUAACUUUCAACAAGAAGCACAGGGCCAAGGUGAUAGACUCGUACAUGCAACAUGUGUUGGCUCGGGCCGAUGCAAUUAGACAAGAGGAAAAGGUUCUCAAGCUUGAUUCCCAGUAUUCGGGUCCAAUAGAUCUCGAGCACCCUUCAACUUUUGACACAUUGGCUAUGGACCCCGAGCUUAAGAGGACAAUUAUCGAGGAUUUGGAUAGGUUUGUGAGGAGGAAAGAGUUUUAUAGGAAGAUUGGCAAGGCUUGGAAAAGAGGGUAUUUGUUGUAUGGUCCACCCGGUACUGGCAAAUCAAGUUUGAUUGCAGCCAUGGCUAAUUAUCUCAAGUUUGAUGUAUAUGAUUUGGAGCUUACUAGUAUUUAUGACAACUCAGAAUUGAGGAGGAUAAUGCUGUCUACUUCAAAUCGUUCUAUUUUGGUCAUUGAGGAUAUUGAUUGCACCGUGGACCUACAAAACAGAGAAUCAGAGGAGGGCAAUAAUGAACAAUCUAAUACCAGGUUAACACUCUCGGGACUAUUGAACUUUAUAGAUGGUCUGUGGUCGAGCUGUGGUGACGAGAGAAUUAUUGUAUUCACCACCAACAACAAGGAUAAACUAGACCCUGCAUUGUUGCGUCCUGGUCGAAUGGAUGUGCACAUUCAUAUGUCGUAUUGCACCCCGAGCGGGUUCAGAGUCUUAGCCUCUAACUACCUUGGCAUUCAUGAAAGCAACGCUCAUCGCCUCUGUGGAGAAAUUGAAGGUUUAAUAGAGAGCACCGAGGUGACCCCUGCUGAAGUUGCAGAGGAGCUAAUGAAGAGUGAUGAUGCUGAUGUUGCUCUUGAAGGACUUGUCUGUUUCCUCAAAAGAAAGAAAUCCGAGAGCAGCAAAAUCAAAGGCGAGGGGACUAACAACAUUGAGAUUGAAGAAACAGAUGAAGAUGCAAAGAAAAAACAGACCUGAUCAGUAACCUAAUGACAACUUUGCAUCUUCCCGUUUUGAAUUUUGAGUCUUAUAGAUAACCAUAACCCCUUUUUGAUAUCAGAUAUAUCUUCCGCUAUGAUUCGGAUGCAAUCCUAGAUUAGAUGGUCUCCCUUUUGUUGGGCCUUGUGACUAUUGUAAUCUUCUUGAUAGUAACGGAAAAAGAGAAAAAAUGUGUCUAUGCUAAUGCGCAUUUUGGUGAGUCAAUUUGAUUUGAUAGCUCAUGGGAAGAAGGGGACCUGUAGUGAAAAGCCUCAUCAACAUUCUCUUUGGCAAGUAGAUUUAAUGCUUAUUGGUUUUGCUACAUGAUAGAUAAUUGGGUCAGUGGUAGAAGUUAAAAGCUUUGAAAUCAAAUGGAAUGUUUUUGGUGUCCUGUGUUCUGUGUUUUGUAGAUAUAAAUAGAGUACUGUUAGAAGUUAAAAACUUGAAAUCAAAUGGAAAUGUUUUGGAGGUCCUAGCUUCUGUGUACUGUGGCAUGAACUAAAGUUGCUGUUGUUUACUAGUUCUAUGAUUGACUAGUGUUGAAAAUAUUGAAAUGUAAUGGAAUGUUAGGGCUUUUCUAGCUUAUGCUGUGCAGUUAUGCAUUUGGAUUUGCUAGUAUUUAACAAGCUCUAUGGCGAUUAUUGUUAUAGUUGAAA